AUGGAGUUUUCUCAAGAUGAUUUUGACCGUUUACUAUUAUCGGAGCGGAGUCGUAAAACCGCUGAAGAAAACUACGCUAUAAAUCCUCUUGACGCUGAUAAUCUUACCAAGUGGGCAGAAGCCUUGAUAGAGUUGUCGUCAUGCCAAAGUCCUGUGGAUUCCAAGAAGAUGAUUGAAGAUGCACUUGCUAAGUUGGAGGAGGCUUUACUAAUCGAUCCAACAAAGCAUUACACUCUUUGGUGCUUGGGGAACGGCCUCACGUCUUGUGCAUUUCUAACUCCUGAUUUUAGUGAUGCAAAGGUUUAUUUUGACAAGGCCUAUGGGUAUUUCCAGAAAGCUGUUGACGUGGAUCCUGAAAAUGGUCUCUACAGACAAUCCUUGAAAGUUGCUCUUAAGGCCCCAGAACUACACAUGGAGAUUCACAAAAGUGGGCCUGGGCUUGGUCAGAUGAGUCAUGGCGGGUCCUCUCCUUCAAAAGGACAGGUAUCCAAAAAGCAGAAGAGCAGUGACUUUAAAUAUGACAUGUUUGGAUGGAUUAUUCUUGCAGUAGGUCUAGUAGUGUGGGUGGGGAUGGCCAAAUCUCACAUUCCACCAUCACCUCCAAGUUAA